AUGACAAUCACAAUAAAGGAAUUAACCAACCAUUCAUACAUUGACCACCAAUUAUCAGCCACACUAGACUCUACAGAGGCAUUUGAAGGUCCUGAAAAACUGUUAGAAAUUUGGUUCUAUCCUAACAAAAAAUGUCUCUCUGAGAAGAACACCAAGACAUUGAGAAACAUUGAAGUCAAUAAAUGGGUCCAGAUUUUGAAAUUGGUCCAAUGCGAAGUAUUAUCUAUUAAAUCCACCUCUGACAUGGAUGCAUUCUUGUUAAGUGAGUCUUCCUUGUUCGUAUAUGAUCAUAAGAUCACUUUGAAGACGUGUGGUACUACAACGACUUUAUUUUGUUUAGAGGAAUUGUUUAAGAUCAUCGAAGUGGAGUUGGGAUGGAUUAUGACCAAUGAACAAGGGAAAUAUGAACCUUUUAAGGUUUUCUAUUCUAGGAGAAGCUUUAUGUUCCCAUUGAAACAAAGAUCGAUUCAUAAGAAUUGGAAUGAUGAAGUGGAUUAUUUGAAUAAAUUCUUCGCUAAUGGAAGAAGUUACCUUGUUGGAAGAAAUGAUAAGGAAAACCAUUGGAACCUUUAUGUUACCGAUACAAACAAGAAACUACGCCAUGGAUCAUCACCCGAUUCUGAAAAAGAUGAUGAUGAGGACGAUGAUGAAACAUUGGAAAUUUUGAUGACUGGGUUAAAUAGCAAUUGUUCUCAACAGUUUGUUUGCAACAGGGAAAUUAAACCAAUAGCGAAUGGCGUCAAAGAUACUACUACGAAUAUCAACAAGACAGAUGGCGAUGCAGACGAUGAAGGACAUUUAUUAGGUUAUAAUAUGACUAAAAAGACAAAGUUAGAUAAAAUCUAUGAAAAUAAUUCAGGUGUAUCUUUCCAUCAUGAUGCAUUUGCAUUCUCACCAUGUGGAUAUUCUUCCAAUAUGAUACUGGAUGAACAAUAUUAUUAUACUUUACAUAUUACGCCGGAAAAGGGUUGGUCAUAUGCAUCUUUUGAAAGUAAUGUCCCAGUGAAAUCCAUUUCAUUAAACAAACAAGAUAAUAUCGAUGUAAUGAGACGUGUCAUUAAUGUUUUCAAUCCAAAGGAAUUUUGUAUGACGUUUUUCUGCAAGGGUAGUUCAAGUACUUCAUUCAUUAAAUUGAUGAAUGUUGUGGAACAAAUUCCAAACUAUUCGAAAAGGGAUAAAAUCGUUUAUGAUCUGGAAGACUAUCAAUUAUUAUAUAUUAGAUUUGAAUUGAAAGAUCAUGACGUUGAUAAAAAAAUAGAAUAG